GAACGAGUGAAACAACAACAGCACGACAAAGACGCUGUUCAAUCUUCCGUCUUCGCAUCUGCAUUUCAUCAAAUUUAUACUGUGAUCAAACAAAAAAGAAAGUUUCAGAUUUACAGCAGCGAUGAACUGGGUUCAACGCAAAAUUUAUCUCUACAAUGUUACGUUCGGGCUCUACAUGCUUGAUUGGUGGGAGCGUUAUCUCUUCAAUACACUGGUUAUUGUGUUGAUGUGGUUUAUCUUCUACAACAGUUCGCGAUAUGUAGCUGAUUUCUGCAAAAGGCAUCUCCAUUGAAAACGUGCUUCGGUUUUGAAUUCCACCAUGGCACUGUCGCGUGGAGGAAGGGCUGAGGAGUAAAUGUAGUCCAUGUCGUGGUUUAACAGCAGUUUACGAAAUUGUAUCGUGAUUUUUUUCUCCCUUUUUUUCUCUUUCUAGAACUUAAAAGCCGACCAUCUUAUGCUAAGGUGUGAUUAUCGUUCGUUAAAGAACAAAUUGUAGUCUCUAUAUAAACUUAUUUAUAUUUGAAGAGUUUGUUCAUAUGAUUUGGAUAUUGAAUUUGUAUUUGUAUCGGGCA